GGUCCUCCUCGUGUCCUGCGUCAGGACGCCGCUCGGGAUUGGUGAAGGACUCCGGGCUUGUGUUCCUUCCACGCAGCCCAUUGGCUCCCUGUGUGCGUCACUCACAGGAUCCUCGGCUCCGUGACGGACGACCAGGGAAGAAGGUGGAAAAAAAACCAAAAUAAUCUGGACGCGGCGGCCAUCUUGCUUGUCUGAGGCAGAGGGAGAGUGACGAGAAGACGGAGGAGAACCACCGCAGCGGGAGGUAGGAGAGCUAACCCCGGGUGUUCACUGAGAUUCGGACCGGAGGGAUUCACACGACGGGUCCGCCGCCGCCCCGAAGACACAAUCUGCGGCUGCCGAGUGAGGAACCCCCGCUCCCUCUGGACCAGUGCGGCCGCUAGCUGCGGAGCUAUGUUAGCGGCUAGCCAGGCCAGCUAGCUGCUCGGUGUCCGAGCUGUGGUCGUCAGCGGCGGAUUGAGGUUCUCCAGGGUCGGACUCGGAUCCCAGAGAACAGCGCGUCUGUAUGAACAGUUCUGGUUCCGACCGGAGACGAGCGGGAUGUGUCGGUGAAUCGAAGGAGGGGUUCGGGUCGAGCUCACCGCCGUCGGGGCUUCGCUUAAUCCCGCCGCGGGAACACAUCGAAUCAGUGCGGGUCGAUGAAAAGGACUCCCGGUUGUCUCCCGGUUGUCUCCCGGUUCCACCGUCACCUGCCCGUGAAGCGGCCCGGGGUUGGAGCUCCGAGUCGGAUGAAAUAGACCGGACGGGACGGGACAUGCUGCAGGCUCCUCGUGUCCAACAGUGACGGGUCUUGACUCGGGUCCACGAUGGGAUCAGCGACCGAACUGGCCUUCAGCGUGUUCCUCAUCUCGUGCUGCUCAGGUGCCAUCCUGGGUCGGUCAGAGACUCAGAAGUGUGUCCUCUACAACUACAACCCCUCCUCCUCCUCCUCGGCAUCAGAGGGUCGGGGGAACGUCAGCGGGGUGGUGACCUGCUCUGGGGAGAAAGAUAAGAGGCUUCACUGCUUCGCCACCUGGAAGAACGUCUCUGGAUCGGUCCAGUUGGUGAAGCAGGACUGCUGGCUGGAUGACGUCAACUGUUAUGACAGGAGUGAGUGUGUGGAGAAGAAAGACGCCCCUGAAGUCUUCUUCUGCUGCUGCGAAGGAAGUUUGUGUAACCAAAAGUUCUUCUACAGCCCAGACAAUAGCCGGCCGCCCACGACAAACAAACCGGUAACGUCGCCGCCUCCCGUGCUGACCACGCUGAUGUACUCACUGGUUCCCAUCAUGGCUGUCACCGCCAUCGUCCUCUUCUCCUUCUGGAUGUACCGGCAUCACAAACUGGCCUACCCCCCUGUACUGGUCCCCACACAGCACGCCUUUCACAUAAUGAUCGAGGACCCCGGGCCCCUCCCCCCCUCCCCUGUCCUGGGACACAAGCCCCUGCAGUUAGUGGAGAUCAAAGCCAGGGGACGUUUUGGCUGCGUGUGGAAGGCUCAGCUGCUCAGUGAACACGUGGCCGUCAAGAUCUUCCCCAUACACGACAAGCAGUCGUGGCAGAAUGAAUUAGAGAUCUUCACCCUGAGUGGGAUGAGACACGAGAACCUGCUGCACUUCAUGGGAGCUGAGAGGAGAGGAAGUCACAUGGACAUGGAGCUGUGGCUCAUCACCGCCUUCCACGAAAAGGGUUCUCUGUCUGACUACCUGAAGGCCAACGUUCUCUCCUGGUGUGAACUGUGUCUCAUCGCUCAGUCGAUGUCCAGAGGCCUCGCCUACCUGCACGAAGACAUACCUGGACACAAGGACGGACACAAACCGGCCGUCGCACAUAGGGACUUUAAGAGUAAGAACGUCCUGCUGAAGUCCAACCUCACCGCUUGCAUCGCUGACUUUGGCCUCGCUCUCAGGUUCGAGGCGGGAAAGUCUCCAGGAGACACACACGGACAGGUGGGGACCAGGAGGUACAUGGCCCCUGAGGUUCUGGAAGGAGCCAUUAACUUCCAGAGAGACUCUUUCCUGAGGAUUGACAUGUACGCUCUGGGUCUGGUUCUGUGGGAACUCAUCUCACGCUGCAAAGCUGCUGACGGUCCACUGGACGAGUACAUGCUUCCCUUUGAGGAGGAAGUGGGUCAACAUCCGUCUCUGGAGGACAUGCAGGAGGUCGUCGUCCACAAGAAGCUGAGGCCGACGCUGAGGGAGUGCUGGCAGAAACACGCAGGCCUGGCGUCGCUGUGUGAGACGGUGGAGGAGUGCUGGGACCACGAGGCCGAGGCGCGGCUAUCGGCCGGCUGCGUGGAGGAGCGCGUGGUGCAGCUGCAGCGACAGACCAGUGUCACCGUGCCCGAGGAGAUCGUAACCGUCGUCACCAUGGUGACCAACAUGGACUACCCUCCCAAAGAGUCAAGCCUAUGACGAGGCCGAUGGCCAAUCAGGUCUGAGCGCGGUGCGGCCCUGUCUGAGCCGGGGUCAGGUCACGUGACCUCCGGCUGCAGGUGAGUCUCAGACUCGUGAGUGACUCGAGGACGACCCGGCGAAGACUCUCUCUCUCUUUCGCUCUCUCUCCGUCGCAUCACUUCCUGUUUUUACUACAUAAUAAAAUACCUUUUCUAUUUGAGGAGGAUUUCAGAAUAAAAGGGGCGACAUUUUGUUCUGAUCAGAACCAGAAUGUAUGUCUGCAUCACUGCUCUGUGUAUAUACACACAUUAUUAUUAUUAUUAUUAUUAUAUACAGAUUAUUGUUAUUACUAUAGACAUGUAUAUACACACUUAUUGUUAUAGACAUGUACAUACACACUAUUAGCUAUAGACAGUUAUAUACAAACUUACAGUUAUAGACAGGUAUGGUCCAUUAUGACCAACACAAUUAUUAGUGUUAUAAACAUGUUUAUACAGACUAUUGUUAUAUACGUGUAUACAGUCAUUAAUAGUGGUAUAUACAUGUUUCAUACAGAUUAUUGUUAAAUACAUGUAUACAGUCAUUAUUAGUGUUGUAUGCAUGUAUAUUCAGAUUGUUUUUGUAUACAUGUAUACAGUCAUUAUUAGUGUCGUAUACAUGUAUAUACAGACUCUUGUUAUAUACGUGUGUCUACAGAUAGUUUUUAUAUAUGUGUAUAUAGUCAUUAUUAGUGUCGUAUACAUGUAUAUACAGACUCUUGUCAUAUACGUGUCUACAUAUUGUUUUUAUAUACAUGUAUAUAGUCGUUGUUGUUGUUGUUGUUGUUGUUGUUGUAAACAUGCUGAUACAGAUUGUACAGAGUAUAUAAUCAGGGUAUAGAUGGUCACAGGAUGUUUAUGUUCACAUCUCAGGAGAAACUGGACGUCACAGUAAAUAUUCAUCAUGUAUGUUUUAUAUAAAUCAGUUUCUCCUCCUCAGGAACCAAAGAGUCAGAAGCUGUUUGUCUCUGCUCGUCUCCCUGAUGGCGGCUCGUUCACUCACGUGGUCCCUGGUAUUGAACUGUGAGACACGAGUCCGAAAAUCAGUGAAAUGAGAACGAGUGUGGUCGUGGUUUCAUGUGGACAGUAAAUGAGACGUGCCACCGACAGGGAGGCGUUCAGGGACUGUGGGAGAUGUUAGCUCUCUCGUGUGUUCAGCUGACGGGUCUGUUUCUUGUGAUGAACUGUGGAGAUGUCUGAUCUGACAGAAGAAGCCCCGCCCUGUUUUCAUGUCUGACAGGAAGCCAAGCGCCUGCACAAUCUGGACACAUGAACAUUCGUGACUUUAGCAUGAGUUUGUUUUUUAUGGACUUGAAACAAAAGUACAAAAGAGAAAAAACUUUAUAAUUUUAAUGUUAUUUACUUUGUACAAACGAAAUAAUUAAGGGUUCAUUAAUUUAUGUUGAAGCUUCGAACACUCACUUUCUGUGAAGGGUUUGUGUGUGUGUGUGUGUGUGUGUGUGUGUGUGUGUGUGUGUGUGUGUGUGUGUGUGUGUGUGUGUGUGUGUGUGUGUGUGUGUGUGUGUGUGUGUGUGUGUGUGUGUGUGUGUGUGUGUGUGUGUGUGUGUGUGUGUGUGUGUGUGUGUGUGUGUGUGUGUGUGUGUGCGUGUUCGAUACCUCAAAUGUCCCUACUGGUGCUCACCACAGUCAUCAUGACAUCAUCAUGACAUAUGACCUGUAGCUGUUCAUUGGUCUGGUUGAUAUUUGGAUGUUGAUGAUUGGACAGUGACACGAGUCACGAUCAUGUGACAGAUCCAUUUCUCUGACCAGCCGUCACCUUGGUAACAGCUGUCAGAAUGAAACUGGUGUAUCACCAUGAUAACAGCUGUAUUUUUUCAUUGGUGAUCAAUCGUUAAAAUCGUUUCACGUCAGAAUAAAGACAUCACAUUUAACUGAACAUGGUUCUGUUGUCAUGGUGCGUUCACUGACUCACCGCGGUGAGUUCACUGACUCUGAUAGCACUUUGAUGUCCAAACUUAAAUCAAUAAAAUCUCUGCGGUGCGUUCACUGUCGGAGGUGACUGUUGGAUAUUAUACAGAAGAAAAUGUUCUGCUGUUUCUCCUGAAAUAAACUGAAUGUUGUGCAGCGA